GGGGGGGAUCCCAUCGAAACCUAUCCCAAUUUUUCUUUUGCUAGGCCCAUAGCUAAAAAACCUACUUUCUUACGAUUACGAGGUUCAUUCGAAUCUGAAAUCCAAUCCCGGAAAUACAGCAUCCCACUUUUUUUUACUACCCAAGGCUUCGAUACAUUUCGAAAUAGAGAAAUCUCUACUGGAGCAGGUGCUAUCAGAGAACAAUUAGCCGAUCCGGAUUUGCGAAUUAUUACAGAUCAUUCAUUGGUAGAAUGGAAGGAAUUAGGGGAAGAAGGGUCCGCUGAUGGGAAUGAAUGGGAAGAUAGAAAAAUUGGAAGAAGAAAGGAUUUUUUGGUUAGACGCAUAGAAUUAGCUAAGUAUUUUAUUCGAACAAAUGUAGAACCAGAACGGAUGGUUUUGUGCCUAUUACCAGUUCUUCCUCCCGAGUUGAGACCAAUCAUUCAGAUAGAUGGGGGUAAACCAAUGAGUUCGGAUAUUAAUGAACUCUAUCGAAGAGUUAUCUAUCGGAACAAUACUCUUACCGAUCCAUUAACAACAAGUAGAUCUACGCCAGGGGAAUCAGUAAUGUGUCAGGAGAAAUUGGUACAAGAAGCCGUGGAUACACUUCUUGAUAAUGGGAUCCGCGGACAACCAAUGAGGGACGGUCAUAAUAAAGUUUACAAGUCGUUUUCAGAUGUAAUUGAAGGCAAAGAGGGAAGAUUUCGUGAGACUCUACUUGGUAAACGGGUCGAUUAUUCGGGACGUUCCGUUAUUGUCGUGGGCCCUUCGCUUUCAUUACAUCGAUGUGGAUUACCUCGAGAAAUAGCAAUAGAGCUUUUCCAGACAUUUGUCAUUCGUGGUCUAAUCAGACAACAUGUUGCUUCUAACAUAGGGAUUGCUAAAAGUAAAAUUCGGGAAAAAGAACCAAUUGUAUGGGAAAUACUUCAAGAAGUUAUGCAGGGGCAUCCUGUAUUGCUGAAUAGAGCACCCACCCUGCAUAGAUUAGGCAUACAGGCGUUCCAACCCAUUUUAGUGGAGGGACGCGCUAUUUGUUUACAUCCAUUAGUUCGUAAGGGAUUCAAUGCAGACUUUGAUGGGGAUCAAAUGGCUGUUCAUGUACCUUUAUCUUUGGAAGCUCAAGCGGAGGCUCGUUUACUUAUGUUUUCUCAUAUGAAUCUCUUGUCUCCAGCUAUUGGAGAUCCCAUUUCCGUACCAACUCAAGAUAUGCUUAUUGGACUCUAUAUAUUAACGAUCGGGAAUCGUCGAGGUAUUUGUUCAAAUAGGUAUAAUCCAUGUAAUCGAAGAAACUAUCAAAAUGAAACGGUUGACGAUAAUAAGUAUACGAAAGAGAAAGAACCCUAUUUUUGUAGUUCCUAUGAUGCACUUGGAGCUUAUCGGCAGAAACGAAUCAAUUUAGAUAGUCCUUUGUGGCUCCGGUGGCGACUCGAUCAACGUGUCAUUGCCUCAAGAGAAGUUCCCAUCGAAGUUCAAUAUGAAUCUUUGGGUACCUAUCAUGAGAUUUAUGGGCACUAUCUAAUAGUAAGAAGUGUAAAAAAAGAAAUCCUUUGUAUAUACAUUCGAACAACUGUUGGUCAUAUUUAUUUUUAUCGAGAAAUAGAAGAAGCCAUACAAGGGUUUUGUCGGGCCUACUCAUACGAUACCUAAGCUAAGUAAUUAUGUGAUACCGUGGGAAUUCGGUUCUCUACGGCUCAACCGGUAUCAUAAUU